CAAGCAGAAGACAAAUAAAUAUAUAAAUAACUAAAACGAUUGUGACUUCGAAUUUUAUGCUAAUAGAGCAAGUUCUAUUUGAUUGCUGAUUAUGAAACUGUAUGUGCUGAGUAAAGGGUUAUGUUCGCCAUGCAUGGUAAUGAAAUUUAAACAUUUGACAAUUAUGCUAGAUUGUCAUUUGGAUUUGUCUCCUCUUCUUAACUAUCUUCCACUAGCAGCAGUAUGUAGAAAUAAGAAAGAUUCACUUAAACAAUGGACUUGUUCGGAAAUUAAACAGCAACUUGGAACUGAAACAAAUUUUUUCGAAAUUGGAGGAAGAGUCUUCAUUGAUGGAGUACCUGAAGUUUCAAGCCCUGAGAGUGGUUUGAUUGAUUUCUCAACAAUAGAUGUGAUACUUUUAACUAAUUUUUAUAACAUUCUGGCUCUUCCUUAUGUAACCGAGUAUUCUGGGUUUAAUGGUAAAGUAUUUGCAACUGAGCCUACCUUGCACUUUGGAAGAUUAUAUAUGGAAGAAUUGGUUUCUUACAAUGAAUCUUUUCUUCAAAAAAAGAAAUUUACUCUGUGGAAGAAUAAAGAUAUCCAAAAAUUUUUACCUUCUCCUCUAUGUGAUUUUCAUGAUGCUGUAACAUGGGAAGGAAUUUACAAUGCUCGAGAUGUUUCAAGUUCUAUUUCUAAAAUACAAUGUGUUGGAUUUUCAGAGAGAAUAGAUGUCUUAGGAUUAAUAAGGGUAACUGCAGUAAGCUCAGGGUAUGCUAUUGGUUCAUCAAAUUGGAUACUUGAAACAGAUUAUCACAAGAUAUGUUAUAUUUCCUCUUCAUCUACAUAUGCAACACAUAGUCUUCCAAUGGAUCAAAAUGCUUUGAAAAAUUCUGAUUUAUGUAUUUUGAAUUCUCUCACUCCAACUAGCAUUGUAAAUCCUGAUGCUAUGUUGCGAGAUUUUUGCAGCAAUUUAGCUGUGACUUUAAAGAAUGGAGGCAAUGUUUUAAUUCCCUGUUUUCCCUCAGGAGUCAUUUUUGAUUUGUUUGAAUAUCUGUGUGCAUUUAUGGAUGGAUCUGGUCUUUCAUUUAUUCCUAUUUAUUUUAUAUCACCAGUAGCAGAUAGUUCUUUAGCUUAUGCUAAUAUUUAUGCUGAGUGGCUCAAUACAAAUAAACAAGCAAAAGUGUAUUUGCCUGAACCACCUUUUUUACAUCAUGAGUUGGUAAAAAAUGGAAGAAUAAAACAUUAUGAAAAUUUGCACAGUGGAUUGAGCAGUAGUUUGAAAACUCCUUCAAUAGUUUUUACUGGCCAUCCAUCGUUGCGCUUUGGAGAUGUAGUACAUUUUUUGAAUUUGUGGGGUCAUGAAAGUGGAAACACAGUCAUAUUUAUUGAUUCUGAAUUCCCAUACCUUGAAGCUUUAACACCUUAUCAGCCAUUAUCUAUGAAAGCUGUGUUUUGUCCUAUUGAUCCACGUCUUAAUUUUCACCAAUCCAAUAAACUGUUGCGAGAUAUAAAGCCAGGUUUGGUAGUAAUCCCAGAAGCAUAUCAAACACCACCAGCGUUAAUGCCACAGAGAACAGAUUUAACUAUUAACACUGAUAUACCAGUUCGUGCUUUCCAAUAUAUGGACGUAAUUGAUAUACCUCUUCACAAAACAUUUGCUAAAGUAACGCUUUCUCCAGAGGUUGCUAAGUCACUAUGUCCUAAACAAAUUGAAGAUGGAUUAGCAAUUGCUUCUGUUAGAGCUAAAGUUGUGACACGUGAUAACAGACAUACAUUAAAGCCAGUUGAUUUAGAUAACGAAAUAUCAAAGGUUGGUAAGCAGUUGUUCGGAAGCAUUGAUGUUAAUCAGUUUAUCUCUGCUUUAAAAAUGCAAGGCAUUAAUAAUGCAGAAGUUGAAUCAACAGGAAGUGGCCACAUUAUCCAUUUUCCUGAUAUCGAUGCAAUGAUUCAGUUAGAAGUUGGUAACACUCACAUAAUAAAUCAUACAAACGAACAAUUACGUGUUAAAAUAAAAAAUGCUGUGUUGGCGUGUUUAAUACAAGUGUAAGCAAAAGUUAAACAACACUUAAGAUCAAGUUCUUUUUGGUUUGGUAUUGGGUUGACAACAUUGCAAAGUUCAUCAAUCAAAACAACAAUACUGAUAUACCAUGUAUUUAAUAUCGAUAUACUUAGGUAUUGAAUGAACGAUUCAAAUCA